AUGGCUUCUCGUUUAUCUUUUUCUUGCAUGGUUUGCACCAUCUCUUUGAUAAUGAUUUUCUCAAGCUUGCCAAGUCAAGCGCUACUUUCUAAUGAAAUCUUCUAUUUGUUAACGUGUCCUAUCGCACUUGCUAAUAUAAGUUUCGCAGUUAAUCAAGCAGUCCAUGAUGAUCCAAGAAUGGCUGCGUCCCUUAUUCGCCUUCAUUUUCAUGAUUGCUUUGUCCAAGGCUGUGAUGCUUCAAUCUUGCUGGACGACACGCCCUCGAUGAUUGGCGAAAAAACUUCAUUCUUCAAUGUAAAUUCUAUCAGAGGAUAUGAUGUCAUUAACAACAUCAAGUCUCAAUUGGAGAGGUUAUGUCCUGGAGUUGUUUCUUGUGCUGAUAUUGUAGCAAUAGCUGCUCGUGAUGCUUCGGUUGCUGCUGGUGGACCAACAUGGCCUGUGAAACUUGGAAGAAAAGACUCCCUCACUGCAAGUCGAGAUUUAGCUAAUCAGAACUUACCCCGAUUUACAGAUUCUCUCCAACAAUUGACUGAUUUGUUCGCUAAAAACAAUCUAAGUGCAAGAGAUAUGGUUGCCCUUUCAGGAGCACAUACGAUUGGGAAAGCACAAUGUUUCACGUUCCGUGACAGGGUUAAUAGCAACGCAAGCGACAUUGAUCCUGAGUUCGCCAGAAGUCUAAGAGAAGAUCUUCCAUGCCCAUCAAAUGGUACCGGAGACACAAACCUUGCAUCGCUUGAUUCAGUGACGCCUGAAGCUCUUGAUAACAACUACUACAAGAAUCUUGUUGCUAAACAAGGCCUUCUUCAAUCAGAUCAGAUACUUUUUAGCGGCGGAUCUACAGAUACCAUUGUUAACGAAUACGUUGCAAACCCAUUAACAUUCGCGUCGGAUUUUGCAGCUGCCAUGGUCAAGAUGGGAAAUAUAAACCCUUUAACUGGUACUCAAGGAGAAAUACGACGAGUUUGCAAUGUCGUUAACUGAUAUGCUCUUACAAUUAUUAAAUACUAUGUUGUAAUAAAUAAAUGGUGAGGGAUUUAGCUAACGUAUAUUAAUUCCUCUCCCACUCCUUGUUCCUAAGUUGUUGUAACUUGUAACAUGUAAGUUAAUUAUAUCAACUAUUUUAACA